AUCGCGAGCCACUGCUCGCGUCACAGAGACCGUUAUCGCUACCGCUCUCGUUGCCUGGGAGCUCUCUGUGGCAGCGUGUUGGACUCGGAGCUAAGGCCAGUCCUCGCCAGAAUGUCGACAGGAUGGUCUCAGGAGGCCAGGAUUCGGGGAGGGUCGAGCAGGAGGCAGAAACUUCAGGAGGAGGGUGGGAUGGCAGCGCAGGGUCCUAUCCUCAGGCCGGCGAAAACGGUGUGCAGGUGAGUCGCCUAAAAACUCGGGCCCUGUGAUUUCGAAGACAGGUCUGCCUGUGUGCCAAUGUGCUGCCCUCUCACACGAGGGUCCUUGUCGCAGAGAGCAGAACCGGCAGCUUCAGGGGCUGCCUGGGGAUAGGUGCUACUGUGUCACUGCUGCCUCUCUUUCUCUCUCUCUCUCUCUCUCUCUCUCUCUCUCUCUCUCUCUCUCUCUCUCUCUCUCGUGUGUGUAUGUCCUUCUUUUUCUUAUUCCUCUCUCCUUUUUCUCUCCUCUCUCUCUGUCUCUGGAGUCCCUGGGCUUUAGAGACCCGGGCAUGCCACUGCUUCGCACAGGGAGGAGGGAGGCAGAGGGCUUAUCAGUGAAUUUUCAGCCGACCCCACUCCUUGAGGUCCAUGGGACCUUCUGUGCCCCAGCAAGGCCCUUCCCGCCCCCGCCCUUUUUUUUUUUUUUUUUUUUUUGAGACAGUUUCACUCUUGUAGCCCAGGCUGGAGUGUAAUGGCGCGAUCAGCUCACUGCAACCUCCACCUCCCAGGUUCAAGUGAUUCUCCUGCCUCAGCCUCGCGAGUAGUUGGGAUUACAGGCAUGCCACCAUGCCCUGCUAAUUUUGUAUUUUUAGUAGAGACGGGGUUUCUUCAUGUUGGUCAGGCUGGUCUUGAACUCCUGACCUCAGACAAUCCGCCCUCCUCGGCCUCCCAAAGUGCUGGGAUUACAGGUGUGAGCCACCACACAAGGCGCUUCCCUACAUUGUAAUCCCAUUCUUGUUUACUUGCUGGAAUCCAGCGCCCUGAAGCUCCUUCUCCACCGGGAGCCGAAGAAGACCGCUCAAAGAGGUCCUGAGGACAGGAGUCCUCUGGGUCUGACCCUGGGUCUCAGGGUUGCCCCUUUCCUAGGCCUCCCCAAACCCGGGGCUUUCACUGCCACCGUUGCGGCUUUUUUUUUUUUUUGAGAUAGAGUGUUGCUCUGUCGCUCAGGCUGUAGUGCAGUAGCACGAUCUAGGCUCACGGCAAUCUCUGCAUCGUGGGUUCAAGCAAUUCUCCAGCCUCAGCCUCCCGAGCAGGUGGGACUACAGGCGUGGGCCACCACACCCAACUAAUUUUUUGUAUAUUUAAUAGAUAUGGGGUUUCACCAUGUUGGCCAGGAUGGUCUCGAUUUCCUGACCUAUUGAUCUGCCUGCCUCGGCGUCCCAAAGUGCUGGGAUUACAGGCUCGAGCCCUGCACCCGGCCUAGCCUGCCGCCAUUUUUUAAAGUGUUCGUAGCCUGACUUCCCAGAGCGAGGUGCGAGCCGGCCUCGCUACUGCGCAGGCGUGAGGCGCGAGCCCUGCUGGGUUAACGGUGAUGGCCGCGGUUGCUCCGGGAUGGAUUCCUGAGUCUUGGCAAAGGAAGAGCCCUCUAUGGCAAUGCGGCCCGGGGCUCAGGCCGCUCCUCAACAGGAAGUGCACAGGAUAGUUUCUAGAGCCCAGGAUUCGCAGAGGGUGGACCAGGAGGAAGAAAUCUCAGGCGGAGCACCAGGGAAGCAGCGUGGAAUCCCAACCUCAGGCCUGAGCUCACUGGGAACGGAACCAAAAUGGAAUCCAAAGAGGAGUCUGGAGAGCCAAUCGGGUGCCCUGAAGCUCCUCCUCUGCUGGGAUCUGGAGCAGAAGACCGCUUAAGAAGGUCAUGAGGACAGAAUUCCUGUGGAUCCGACCAUAGGCCUCGCUCACACCACUUUCCCAGGACCAUCCAAACCUGUUAUUUUGCUGCCACCACCGCAGCCGUCAUAGCCGCUGCUGCCAUUUUUUAAAAAGAUCACAGCCUGAAUUCCUGGAGGGAGGUGCAAGUCAGCCUCGCUAGUUAGUGUGUGCGAGGCACCAGCUGCUUUUGGGUCAUAGUGACAGCCAUUAUUGCCCGGAGAUGGUACCUGAGACUUGGCAAAGGAGGAGGCCUCUGUGGCAGUCUAUCAGGGUUGGGCUCAAGCCACUCCUUGCCAGGACAUCAAGAGUAUAGUCUCCGGAAGCCAGGAUUUGUGGAGGAUCCACCAGGAGGGAGAAACCACAGGUGGAGCAUGUAAGAAGCAGUGCGGAUUCCCAGCUUCAGACCUGUGCCGAUGGGAUACAGGUGUGUCUCCCCAAAUGUUAUGCCCCUGUUAUCUUGAGAACACAUUUGCCUUUGUGCCUAUGGGCUGCUCUCUAACUCAAGUGUGGUAAUCGUGGAGAGCAGAACCUAGCAGCUUCAGAACCUGCCUGGGGGUGGCUGUUACUGUGCCAGGGCUGUGUGUGAGUGAGUGAGUGAGUGAGUGUGUGUGUGUGUGUGUCUGUCUGUCUGUCUGUCUGUCUGUCUGUCUGUAUCUCUUCCUCUUCCUCUUAUUUCGCUCUCUGGCUCUGUCCAUCUCUAAAAUCUCUGGUCUUUCGAGAUACCGGGAGGCCACUGCCUCACUCAGGGAGGAGGGAGGCAGUAGGUGUAAGGGUCAGUGAAUUUUUAGGCCACACCACACCUUGAGGCUGAUGGGAUCUUUCUAUUCCCCAUCGAGACCCUUCCUGACUCUCUCCAUUGUAAUCCCAUAAUAGCUAACCCCAUGGGAUCCAAAAUCCGAUCCCCAAAGAGGAGUCUGAAGAGCCCCUCGGGUGCCCUGAAGCUCCUCCUCCAGGAGCCGAAGCAGAAGACCCCUGAAGGAGGUCCUGAGGACAAAAGGCCUAUGGGUUGGACCCUGGCUUUGUCUCCCACCCCUCUCCAUACCUCUUUCCUACACCUCUCCAAACCCACUGCUUGGCACUUGCCUCACCGCCACUGCCACCACCAUUGCUUAAAGGGUUCACAGCCUGACUCCCAGAGCCAAGCCCGAGUCAGCCUUCCCAAUGCCCAUGUACGAGGCAGCAGUGGCUCCUAGGGAUCUGGUGACCUUUCACUGUUGCCCGGUGGUGGGUUUCUGAGACUUGGCAAAGGAGGAGCCCCCUGUGGUGGUGCGUCACGGACAGGGCUCGGGCCACUCCUCAUCUGGACAUCCACAGCAUAAUCUGCAGAGCCAGGAUUUGCAGAGGCUCGACCAGGAGGAAGAAACCUCAGACGCAGAAAGCUGGGGAGGCAGCGUGACAACACAGCCUCAGGCCUGCAUUCAUGGGGUACAGGUCACUCUCCCCAAAUGUCCUGCCCUUCUCAUCUCGAGGACACAUCUGCCUGAGUGCCUGAGGGCUGUUCUCUCACCCGAGGGUCGUCGUCAAGCAGACCAGAAAUCUGCAGCUUCAGGGGCUGCCUGGGGUGGGUGUUACUAUGUGUGUGUACAUGUAUUUGUGUCUGCGUGUGUGUCUGUGUGUCUCCCUUUGUGGGAUUUCUCCCUCUUUCCCACUCUCUUUUUCUCUAUGGAUCUAUGGGGACAUGUGUCUUGGGACGCACUUACCUGAUGUGACCGAGGGUGGUUUCUGACAUGUCGGCUUAUCUGCUGGUAAGAAUCUUUCGACGUGUCUGCCCGAGUCUGGGUCCUGUAGCCACUUAGGCUUGUCAGUCUUUUUCUCGCCAGUUUGAGUUGUGGGGUUGAUGGAAGCCUGGGCCACGUAGGUCAGGAGCUGAGUCGGACUAGCAGGGGUUUCGGUCACUUCCCAUCCUGAGCGGCCUCUGUUACACGACCAAGGUGAUCACACCCCAGUCCAGGACAACAGCGUCACCACAGCUCAUCGACCACCUGAAGGAGGGACGCCCACCGACCUCAGAGGGAUGGUCCUCACUUCUCUGGCCUUGGUUCUCAGAUAGAAAUCUAGCCACAGCUCGACACGGGGAUGGACACGGACGCCGGGAACGGGAUGGGGCAAGCAUCUCUGUGACUCCGACGCUGGCCUUUCUGGCCACGUGAAGCGUUUGGCACUCCUCUUGGUUUUCCCGUGGUGGUGGCAUGCUGCUGUAUUUGGCCUGGACUGUGGCCUGUGCUCUGUCCUCCUUGUUUCUCUCUCUCUCCUGUUUUUGAGACGUCUAGAAACUUCUUGGUCUUGCUCAGUGUCUUCCACAAAGAACACUUCUCCAUCUAGCAAGGAGAAUCUUUGUGGGGAUCCAUUUCCUGUCUGUUUUGCCCUCCAAAGCUGUUUGUGGUCGAUUGGAUGGGUGCCAGGAUCGUGGAGCUCUGGGCUUUCACACCUGUCUGGGACAAGGCAGCUUUCUUGGUCUCUGUGUUUCUCCGGAUGGGUAUGUGGCUGUCCUUGGCCCUGUCAAAAAGGCGGUGUUGUGUCCCACCUGCACUUCCUUUGUUAUUCUUGAGGGCCAUCCGGUUCCUCUGCUCCUAGGGAAAGUACCUUGAAGCAGUGAAUAUUCUGGUUGCCACAGAUUCCGGGAGCCAGCCAAAGGGACUGGGUUUCGCUGGGUGCAGGGGAGGCUGCGUCGUGGGCACCUGCCAGACCGCGGGGUGGGUGACACCAUGCCUUGUGGCCCAUGGGAUCUUUGUGUGCCCCAGGGAGGCCCUUCCCGCCUCUCUCUAUUGUAAUCCCAUUCCUGCUUACCUGGUGGGAUCCCACAGUAGAUCCCCGAAGAGGACCCGUGAAGCUCCUCUACCUGGAGCUGAAGAAAAAGACGUCUGGAGAAGGUCCUGUAGGCCAAAGUCUCUUGGGUUGGACCCUAGCUUCAUGUCUCACACAUCCCUUUUUCGCCCCUCUCCAAACGUGGCACUUGCCACUUUCCUGGCUUCCGCCGCUAUUUAUUCACGGGGUCGCAGCCUCACUUCCUGCAGCCAGGUGCGGUUUUUGUUUUUCUUCAGUGCAUCCGCCCCAGGCACCAGUGCCACCUCGGGUCCCAGUGACCUUCCACCGUUGCCUGGUGAUGGGUUCCUGAGACUUGGCAAAGGAGGAACCCCCUGUGGCGGUGGGUCACCGACGGGACUCAGGCCACAACUCGCCGGGACGUCCACAGCAUAGUCUGCGGAGGCCAGGAUUUGCGGAGUCUCGACCAGGAGGAAGAAACCUCAGGCACAGAAAGCACCGGGGAGGCGGCGAGGAAUCCCAGCCUCAGGCCUGCGUCGACAAGGUACAGAUCAUUCUCCCCAGACGUCAUCUCGUUGUCAUCUCCAGGACAUAUCUGUCUAUGUGCCUGUGGGCUGCUCUCUCACCCCAAGGUUGUCGUUGAGGAGAGCAGAACCUUGCUGCAGCUGUAUGGGCAGCCAGGUGGAUUUUGUGUGUGUGUGUGUGUGAGUUCGUGUGUGUGUGUGUGUGUGUUUCUUUUUUUCUGAUUUUUCUCUCUUUCCUUUUUUGCCGGCUGGCUCGAGCUCUUUAUGCGUUUUUGCGGGAGGAUGCAUUUCGGGACGCACAUGUUUCCUGUGAUGGAGGCUUGUUUCUGUCAUGUCGGCCUUUGUUCUGUUGGGGGUUCAACAUGUUUCUUUUUCAGCCGGGGUCCUUUGGCCACUUGUCGGGCUUCUCAGGCUUCUUCUCAUUCGUUUGAAUUGGGUUUGAUGGUUACUUUAGCAACAUGGGUAAGGAGCUGUGUCGGACCGGCAGGGGUUUCAGUCACUUUUCAUUAUGAGCGGCCUCUGUUACAGGACCAAUGUGAUCACACCGCAGUCAAGGACAAACGCCUCACCAUAGCUCAUCAACCACCUGCAGGAGGUAUGCCCACCAACCUUAGAGGCAUGGUUCUCACUUCUCUGGCCUUGGCCCUCAGAUAGAAAUCCAGCCAAAACUCGACCCAGGGAUAGACCCGGAGCUGGGAACAGGAUGUGGCAAGCAUAUCUGUCCUUUCUGGUGUUUCUGGCCACGUGAAGUGUUUGGCACUCCUCCCGGGUUGCUCAUGGCGGUGGCAUGCUACUUUAUUAGGCCUGGACUCUGGCCUGUGCUCUGUCCUCCCUGUUUGUUGGUCUGUCUUUUUUUCUCAGACGUCUAGCGGCUUCUUGGUUUUGCUCAGUGUCUUCCACAGAGAACAAUUCCCUGCCCAGCAGGGAGAAUCUUUGUGGGGAUCCAUUUUCUGUCUGUUUUGCCCUCCACAGCUGUUUCUGGUAGAUUGGAUGGGUUCCAUGAUCAUGGAGCUUUGGGCUUUCAUAGCUGUCUCGGACAGGGCAGCUUUCUUGGUCUUUGUGUUUAUUCAAAUGGCUAUGUGGCUGGCCUUGUCCCGUCAGAAAGGCGGUGUUGCGCCCCACCUGCACUUUCUGUCAUUCUUGAGGGUCAUUCGGUUUCUCUUCUUCUUGGGAACGUGCUUUGAAGCACUCAAUGUUCUGGUGCCCACAGGUUCCGGGAGCUCGCCAAAGGGACUGGGUUUUGCUGGGUGCAGGGGAUGUUCCCUCUUGGGCACCUGCUGCUUAGCGGGGUGCGGAUACUACACUUUGAGACCCAGGGAAUUUUUUUGUGCUUCUGGGAGGCCCUUCCCUUCUCUCUUCGUUCUACUACCAUUCCUGGCUACCCUGUGGGAUCCCAAUCCGGAUCCCCCAGGAGCAGCCCAUCAGGCAUCCUGAAGGUCUUUCUUUGCAUGGAGCUGAAGCAGAAUACCUCUAGAGGAGGUCCUGUGGACAAAAUCCCUAUGAGUUGGACCCUGUGUUUGUUUCUCACACACUUUUUUCUCAUUCCUUUGCAAUCCCAGUGCAUGCCACUCUCCUGGCCUUGCCACCAUUUAUUUCUUUUAGGAGUCGCAGCCUGACUUUCUGGAUCCAGGCAUGAGUCCUUCCCACUGAGUUUGCUUGAGGCACCAGCAGCUACUGGGGUUCCAGUGACCUUUCACUGUUGCCUGGUCAUGGGUACACGAGCCUCGGCAAAGGACGAGUCUUCUGUGUUGGGGGGUCACUGACUUGCUCUGGCCAUUCUUCGUCAGGUCGACCAUAGCAUAGUCUGUGGAGACCAGGAUUUGCGGAGGCUUGUCCAGGAGGAAGAAACUUCCAGUGUAGAAAGCACUGGGGAGGCAACAAGGAAUCUCAGCCACGGUCCUGUGUGGAUGCAGUAUAGGACUGUGCUGGACUCUCUGGUCUUCCCUGACAUUCUGCCUGCAUGAUGUGUGGGAGUCUCAGGCUUGAAAGGUGGGGCAUUCCAACCUGGCCCGUUGGGGUUUCAAAAUAAGCACAAACCAUGGAAUAUUGGGAAUGUCCCAUUCUAUGAAGGAGGUUUGCUGGCAGCAACAGGAAGAUCCAUGAACAUGGAGGGGUUGGUCAUGUUCCAGGAUCUGUCUAUAGACUUCUCUCAGGAGGAAUGGGAGUGCCUGAAUCCUGCUCAGAAGGACUUAUACAGAGAUGUAAUGAUGGAGAACUACAGCAGCCUGCUCUCACUAGGUCUCUCCAUCCCAAAGCCUGAUGUGAUUUCCUUACUGGAGCAAGGGAAAGAGCCCUGGAUGGUUUCAAGGGACAUCUUGGGAGGAUGGUGCCCAGACUUGGAGUUCAGAUGUCAGACCAAAUAUUCAUGUCUGCCAAAAGAAAUCUCUGAAGUAACAUCAUCUCAGUGGGUGAGAAUGGAAAAACGUCAUAGCCUUGUGGGCUCCAGUUUCAGAGAUGACUGGGAGAGCAAAGGCCAGUUUGAGCAACAAGGUAUAAAUCAGGAGCGACAUUUGGAAAAAGCAUUAAUGACUUAUGAAAAAAUGCCAGCUUUCUGCCUACAGACAUCUUUCACUUUGCAUCAUCAGAUUCAGCCUGGAGAGAAACUGUAUAAAUCCACAGAAUGUAUGGCUCUUAAGUAUGGCUCAGAACUUACACAAGAGCAAGAAACCCAUACUAGUGAAAAACUCCAUAAAUGUAAGGAGUGUGGGAAGGCCUUUGGUCAUUUUUCCUAUCUUGUUAAACAUCAGAGAAUUCAUACUAGGGAAAAGCCCUAUGCAUGUAAAGAAUAUGGAAAAGCUUUUGUUUCUGGUUCACAUCUUAUCCAACACCAGAAAAUUCAUACAGAUGAGAGACCUCAUGAGUGUCAGGAAUCUGUGAAGGCCUUUAGACCAUCUGCACACCUUACUCAACAUCAGAGAAUUAAUACUGGUGACAAACCUUAUGAAUAUAAAGAAUGUGGAAAAUCUUUUACUUCUGGCUCAACACUAAAUCAACAUCAGCAAAUUCACACUGGUGAGAAACCCUAUCAUUGUAAGGAAUGUGGAAAAUCUUUUACUGUUCGCUCAACACUAAUUCGACACCAGCGAAUUCACACUGCUGAGAAACCUUAUGAUUGUAAGGAAUGUGGAAAAUCUUUUGUUUCAGUCUCAGCAUUAAUUCGACAUCAGCGAAUUCACACUGGUGAGAAACCCUAUGAUUGUAAGGAAUGUGGAAAGUCUUUUACUUUUCGCUCAGCACUAAUUCGACAUCAGCGAAUUCACACUGGUGAGAAACCCUAUCAUUGUAAGGAUUGUGGAAAAUCUUUUACUUUUCGCUCAGGGUUAAUUGGACAUCAGACAAUUCACACUGGUGAGAAACCCUAUGAUUGUAAAGAAUGUGGAAAAUCUUUUACUGCUGGCUCAUCACUAAUUCAACAUCAGCGAAUUCACACUGGUGAGAAACCCUAUGAUUGUAAGGAAUGUGGGAAAUCUUUUGCUUCAGCCUCAGCGCUACUUCAACAUCAGCGAAUUCACACUGGUGAGAAACCUUAUUGUUGUAAGGAAUGUGGAAAAUCUUUUACUUUUCGCUCAACACGAAAUCGACAUCAGCAAAUUCACACUGGUGAGAAACCCUAUGAUUGUAAGGAAUGUAGGAAAUCUUUUGCUUCUGGCUCAGCACUACUUCAGCAUCAACGAAUUCACACUGGUGAGAAACCCUAUCAUUGUAAAGAAUGUGGAAAAUCUUUUACUUUUCGCUCAGGGCUAAUUGGACAUCAGGCAGUUCAUACUGGUGAGAAACCCCAUGAUUGUAAAGAAUGUGGAAAAUCUUUUACUUUUCGCUCAGCACUAAUUCACCAUCAGCGAAUUCACACUGGUGAGAAACCUUUUAAUUGUAAGGAAUGUGGAAAAUCUUUUACUGUUGGCUCAACACUAAUUCAACAUCAGCAAAUUCACACUGGUGAGAAACCCUAUGAUUGUAAGGAAUGUGGGAAGGCCUUUAGACUUCGUUUACGACUUACUCAACAUCAACAGAUCCAUACUGGUGAGAAAUCUUACCAAUGUCAGGAAUGUGGGAAAGCCUUUACCAGUGUCUCAGGACUCACCCAACAUCACAGAAUUCACACCGGUGAGAAACCCUAUGAAUGUCCAGAAUGUGGGAAGGCCUUUACACAGCGUACAUAUCUUAAUCAACACCGGAGAAUUCAUACUGGUGAGAAACCUUAUGAAUGUAAAGAAUGUGGGAAAUCUUUUACUUUCUGCUCAGGACUAAUUCAACAUCAGCAAAAUCACACUGGCGAGAAACCCUAUGAUUGUAAAAAACGUGGGAAAUCUUUUACUUCUCACUCAACACUCAUUCAACAUCAACAAACACACACUGGUGAGAAACUCUAUGAUGAUAAGGAAUGUGGGAAAUCUUUUACUUCUCAUUCAACACUAAUUCAGCAUCAGCGAAUUCACACUAGUGAGAAACCCUAUGAUUGUAAGGAAUGUGGGAAAUCUUUUACUUCUCACUCAACGCUAACUCAACAUCAGCGAAUGCACACUGGUGAGAAACCCUAUCAUUGUAAAGAAUGUGGGAAAUCUUUUACUCUUCGCUCAGCACUAAUUCAACAUCGGCCAAUUCACACUGGUGAGAAACGCUAUGAUUGUAAGGAAUGUGGAAAAUCUUUUACUUCUCACUCUACACUAAUUGAACAUCAGCGAAUUCACACUGGUGAGAAACCCUAUCAUUGUAGGGAAUGUGGAAAAUCUUUUACUUUUCGCUCAGCACUAAUUCAACAUCAGCAAAUUCACACUGGUGAGAAACCCUAUGAUUGUAAGGAAUGUGGAAAGGCCUUUAGACGUCGUUCAAAACUUACUCAACAUCAACGAAUCCAUACUGGUGAGAAACCUUAUCAAUGUCAGGAAUGUGGGAAAGCUUUUGUCCGUUUGUCAGGACUCACCAAACAUCACAGUAUUCACACUGGCGAGAAACCCUAUGAAUGUAAAACAUGUGGGAAGUCCUUCAGACAGCGUACACACCUUACUCUACAUCAGAGAAUUCAUACUGGUGACAGACCUUAUGAAUGUAAAGAAUGUGGAAAAUCUUUUACUUGCGGCUCAGAACUAAUUCGACAUCAGCGAACUCACACUGGUGAGAAACCUUAUGAUUGUAAGGAAUGUGGGAAGGCCUUUCGAUGUCCUUCACAACUCAGUCAACAUAAACGAAUCCAUACUGGUGACAAAACGUAUCAAUGUCCAGAAUGUGGGAAAGCCUUUUUCUAUGCCUCAGGACUCAGCCGACAUUACAGUAUUCACACUGGCGAGAAGCCUUAUGAAUGUAAGACAUGUGGGAAGGCCUUUAGACAGCUUACACAGCUAACUCAACAUCGGAGAAUUCAUGACCUAACAUAAUUAAUGUAGGAAACCAUUCUCAUGCCACUCAUUUGCCAUGGAUCAUCAGCAGAUUCCAUAUGUGGGUCAAACACAAUGGAUGUGGGAAUUCCUUUUACUUCAUGUUCACUUUUUUCAAAAUUAGGACAUUUAAUACUGAAAGAAGUUGAUAAUGAAUGCAAAUGAGUUUUCUAUCGACUCAAAGCUUGUUGAAAUACAAAUUCGUAUUAGAGAAUGUGGUCAAUGACAAAUGACAACCAUUUACUACCUAUGUGACAUUUGGCUAAUUAUAUGAACUCUGUGCCAAAAUUACUAAAUGGUAAAAUGUUGAUAGUAUUAGUUUUUCUGUUUGUUUUGAGAUGGAGUCUCACUCUUGUUGCCCAUAUUUUUAGUAGAGAUGGGGUUUCACCAUGUUGGCCAGGCUGGUUUCGAACUCCUGACCUCAAGUGAUCCACCCGCCUCAGCCUCUCAAAGUGUUGAGAUUACAGGCAUGAGCCACUGCACCUGGCUCCGGCUCCUUUAAAAAUAUUUAGACAUAGGCCAGGCACGGUGGCUCACGCCUAUAAUCCCAGCAUUUUGGGAGGCCGAGGCAGGUGGAUCACAAGGUCAAGAGAUCGAGACCAUCCUGGUCAACAAGGUGAAACACUGUCUCUACUAAAAAUACAAAAAAUUAGCUGGGUAUGGUGCUGCACGCCUGUAGUCCCAGCUACUCGGGAGGCUGAGGCAGGAGAAUUGCUUGAACCCAGUAGGCAGAGGUUGCAGUGAGCCGAGAUCGCACCAUUGCACUCCAGCCUGGGUGACGAGCGAAACUGUGUCUCAAAAAAAAAAAAUUUAGACAUAUAUAUAUGUUUAUAUUUCCAAAGGCACUCAUGCAUCAAUUAUAUUCAAUAUUUCUGAGCCAUCCCUGUGUUAGGAACUGCUGAUACAAUAGUCUGUAAGAAAAAUAACUUUUGUUGUCUUGGAGUUUAAGUAUAGUAGACAGUAACAAAUAAAUUAUAUAUGUAAUAUAAAACCAGGCUGUAUGUGUGUUAUAAAGUAAGUAAGGUAAGGGAUUAGAGAAAAAUGGGGUGGGCAGGGCUAAUUUGGAUAAGGUAGUCAGGAAAGGCAUUUUUUUUUUUGAGUCGGAGUUUCGCUCUUGUUACCCAGGCUGGAGUGCAGUGGUACAAUCUCGGCUCACCACAACCUCCACCUCCUGGGUUCAGGCAAUCCUCCUGCCUCAGCCUCCUGAGUAGCUGGGAUUACAGGCACGCGCCACCAUGCCCAGCUAAUUUUUUUUUUUUUUUUUUUUUUUUGUAUUUUUAGUAGAGACGGGGUUUCACCAUGUUGACCAGGAUGGUCUCGAUCUCUUGACCUUGUGAUCCACCUGCCUCGGCCUCCCAAAGUGCUGGAAUUACAGGUGUGAGCCACCGCGCCUGGCCAUUAAUUGUAGUUUUCUUUUAUAAAGAGGAGGUUUCACCAUGUUGGUCAGCCUGGUCUUGAAUUCCUGACCUCAGGUGAUCCGCCCGCCUUGGCCUCCAAAGUGCUUGGAUUACAGGUGUGAGCCACUACGCCCAGCCAGGAAAGGCAUUUCUGACAAGUUGGUAUUUGCAUGAAUGUAGAUACAUGGUUGCAUUUUAUUAUACAUAAAUUGUACUUCAAUAAAGUUGAUGAAAACUUAAAAACUCAUCCACUAUGUACUUCAGAUUGUUGUAUUUCAUUCUAUUUAAGUUAUACUUCCAUUUUAAAAAGUUAACACAUCUCUACAACUUACACAUCUAUUUUUUUCUACUUUUACUAAUAUGCUUAUGGAUGAUUUUAAAUAUAUAUAUAUCUUAUCCAUUAAGGAUGAUAAAACAACCUUUUAAGAAGGUUAUUUUGGCCGGGCACGGUGGCUCAAGCCUGUAAUCCCAGCACUUUGGGAGGCCGAGGCGGGUGGAUCACAAGGUCAAGAGAUGGAGACCAUCCUGGUCAACAUGGUGAAACCCUGUCUCUACUAAAAAUACAAAAAAUUAGCUGGGCAUGGUGGCACAUGCCUGUAAUCUCAGCUACUCAGGAGGCUGAGGCGGGAGAAUUGCUUGAACCCAGGAGGCGAAGGUUGCAGUGAGCUGAGAUCACGCCACUGCACUGCAGCCUGGGUAAUGAGGGAAACUCCGUCUCAAAAAAAAGAGGAGGUUAUUUUAAGGUUAAUCAGUUGAGGCUUUGUCUCAACUGAUUCUUUCGUCUCAAUUUGUAGUCAGUUGAGGUUUGUCUCAAUUUAUUGAAACAAAUCAAAGGUUUGUUUUCAAAUUCUUACUCUCAUUUAUUAUUCCUUCUCCAUAUUUUUGGUACUGGUUCCUUGGCAGUAUUUAAUCAUAAAUAUAUAUAGAGAGUGAAGACAGAAGAGUGCUUUUUACAGUUCACAGUUGUCUUUUUCGUGUGUGACAGGGUUUUGCUGCAUUGCUCAGGCUGUAGUGCAAUGGCACAAUCUCAGCUCACUGCAGCCUCAACUUCCCGGGCUCAAUUGAUCCCCCACCUCAGCCUCCUGAGUAGCUGGGACUACAAGUGCACACCACCACACAGAGCUAAUUUUUGUAUUUUUUGUAGAGAAAGGGUUUCAUCAUGUUGCCCAGGCUGGUCUUGAACUCCUGGGCUCAAGUGAUCCUCCCACCUCAGCCUCCUAGGUUCUGGGACUUAGAGGUGUGAACCACUGUGCUCAGCCAACACUAUGUUUUUACUCUUUUUGUGAAAAAAGUAGAAAAUUUUUUUUAAAGAGCAGAGAAAAGCACAAUGAAAACAGAAAGAUCACCCGUAUAUUCUUAUCAACCAAAGAUGACCUAUUUGGGGUAAAUCCUUUUAAUAGAGGAUUUUCAAUAUUUCUAGGCUGCCACAGUGUUGGAAAGAAGAAUCAUUACUGACAUCUUACGGCAUUGAGUUUUUCUCUUCCUAUACCUGGUAUAUCUCUAUGUUUCACUGGGUAUUCUUUUAGGUGCUUUAGUAAGUCUUUAUAUUUUUAGCAUAAAGGUUUACACAUUUCUUAUUUUACUUAUUUCUAGAUAAUGAUUUUUUCUUUAUAUUAUGAUUGGGAUACUUUUUCUGUUAUGUAAUUGAUUACUAUGUACUAAAUGCUGUUUUUUUUUUUUGCCUAAGGAUUGUAACAUUGAUAAACUAGUAGAUCGAAUGGUUUCUUCAUGAGAUUGAAUUGUCUAGAAAGAUGUCAGUAUUAUUCGUAAAUAAAAAUGUCUAUUCCUUUCUA